AUGACUCUAGCAGAUUUUAAUUUUAACUCACCAGGGCCAAUAGACAUGCUCAUAGGAGCAGAGCUCUUUUUUAGUUUAUUGUGUGUUGGACAGGUGAGACCACACAGAUCGGCGCCAAUUUUCCAAAAGACAUCAUUAGGUUGGGUCGCCUCUGGUAGGGUUGCUACUAGGAAACAACAACCAACCUUGACAUGCAAUUUAUCUAUAGAUGAUCAAGUAACAAGGCAAGUGCAACGUUUCUGGGAAAUUGAAGAUUGUGACGUUCACACAUCCCCAGCCAGUCAAACUACCACGUGUGAACGGAUGUACACAGAAACAACGUACAGGAAUUCUACAGGCAAAUAUGUAGUUAACUUGCCAUGUAGUGAUGACAUAAAUAGUCUAGGUGAGUCCAAGAAAACAGCUGAAUCUCGAUUUAGUCAACUGGAAAGAAAAUUAGAAAGAGAUCCCAAUCUACAUGCAGCAUAUUCACAAUUCAUGAAUGAAUAUGAAGCACUAGGGCAUAUGGAAGCGGUGGAACCCAACGUGAAGCCAGUUGGUCCAGUAUAUUACAUUCCGCAUCUACCUGUCGUUAGAGAAGACAGUUCAGAGCUGUAUAACGAAGCUCAGAGUUGUAUUUGA